GACAUUUGAAUUUGAUAAAUUUACUAAGAUAUAAAAAUGAUGAUUCAGUAGAAAAUAAUGUUAUUUCAUGUUGUGAAAGACCACCUCAAUGUCUCGUAAUUUGUUUAAAGGGAAAUUUUAAAGUAUUUCAUCAUUUUGGAUCUUUGGUUUUAAUUUUAAGUGUUCGGUGUUCUUUACCUAAAAGUGUAGCUAAUAACCGUAUUUUACAACAAUGGAAUUCCCUCAUAUCGGAAAGAACUGCUGCUAUAAAUCCUGUAACAAACUCGAUUUCCUACCUAUGAAAUGUGAUGCUUGUAAAGAAGUAUACUGUUCUGAUCACUUUGCAUACAUAAAACAUGAAUGCCCUGCACCAAAUAGUCGUGAUGUGCAAGUACCACAAUGCCCACUUUGUGGAGCUCUAGUACCUGGAAAAAGAGGGGAGCCACCAGAUGUUGCAGUGGGGGCUCAUAUUGACAAUCAGUGCACAUCGGACCCAGCAAGAGAAAGGCGAAAAAAGGUAUUUACAAACAGAUGCUCAUACAAAGGAUGCAAAACGAAAGAGAUGGUGCCUCUAGUGUGUGUGGAAUGUUCGCUUAAUUACUGUUUAAGACAUAGACAUACUGCUGAUCAUGCAUGUGAAGGAAAACUAGCUGCGAAACGAAGAAGAGCUGCAGAGGCAGCUUUGGCGCGCAUGAAAGCAAAUGACCACAAAAUAGCAAAUGUUCGCCAAGUACCAUCAGGAGUCACCACUUCUGAUAUACAAGGGAAUAUGACUGAAGAUGAAGCUUUAGCGCAUGCAUUGGCUUUAUCGUUGCAAGAUGAUCAACAAAGCAUGGGAAAUAUUCGGACCCGAGUGGGCGGUGAGCCUAACUCUAGAUGUACUGUUUCGUAACUAAUUAUAACCAAAUACCUUAUUGAUUUUUACAUCGCAUUUUAAAUAUAAUUGAUGUGUAUUCGCUCAAUUUAUUAAAUCUAUUUGAUGUUAAGUUUCAUGUUUAAUCACUUAAAAGUCAAUUAAAUGCUUAAUUUUAAAUGUAUUGUGCUAAAGAACAUUUAAUCAAUAAUAUGUUAUAUCCUAUAUUGAUGUAUGUCCAAAAUGUAUAAUUUAAGAUUUUUAGGUAUGGUAAUUCUUUAAAUUUUACAACAUAUUUGUAUGAAAAAAAAUUUAAGAUAUAAAAUGGGUAAUUUAGGUUAUUAGUUGAUUUUACCUCCUGCUGACAAUAGCUUCAUUGCACAAAAAUUAAGAUUUUUAAUUAUAAAUGUUACUGAAUUUAUUCAAUUUUAUUAAUCUUUAGCAUGAUGUUGCUAUAUGUCAUGAUUGUCAUAAUACUUUUAAUGUGUAUGGGUACAAGUGAAAAUAAAUACUAAUAUCAAUUUUAUCUUUAAUGCUUUACUUAAAUUAUUUUAUUGGGCUAUUUAAAAUUUUUGACGUUUUCAAAACUUUUAUUAUUGAAGAAUAUCUAAGACAACAUUUCCACUAGAAUAUUUAAUGAAUUUUCAUAUGAAAAUGUAUUUUGUAUCUAUCACUAAGCUUCUGCUGUGUUCACAUUUAAAUAAAUAUUUUUGAGAUAAAUACAUAUAUAGAAUUGAAA